AGAGAGAGAGAGAGAGAGAGAGAGAGAGAGAGGAGCUAUAAACCAAUCAUUUGCUAAUUUACACAAUAAAAAUUUCAAACAUAUUUGUUUAAAGAAUUUCGAACCGAAAUGGAUUGAAGAGGGAUGUAAUCUCGUUCCAUAUAUCCGCCGCCUCAGAACUGAAAGAGGGAGAGCACCGCCCAAACCCUAAUUUCUGCAAAGAUCAAAACCAAACCCGCCAUGGCUCUAAGCUUUCAUCUCCUUCUUCCCCAAAAGUUCCCUCAUCCCCUGAAAUUUCAAAACCAUCCCUUGCCUUCAAACACCCUUCUCAAUGGCAGAAUCAAAACUCAGAGCAUCUCCUGCUCCGCCCGCCCCAGCGACGCCGAGCUCGCAUCGGAUUUGGCAACAGAGGUGGAGAAGAUGAACACGCAGGCGGCGCAGAGAGAGGAAGCCAUGAAGAGGAGCAGAGAGAUCUUGUUCACGGAGCUGUGCCGGCACCUUUGCCUGAGAACGGAGGACCUGAAGAAGAAAUGGAGGAAGAUGAGCGACGAGGAGAGGCGGGGUUUGGUGAAAGGGUUUGUCUCUAAUUGGGAUGUUGGUUUUCAUCCCUUAUCUGCCAAAUCUGUGAAACAAUUGGUGGAAGAACACUUGGGGCAAGAGCAGCCAUCUCCAGAUCCAUCUCCUUCUCUGUUCUUUCCUGGUCUGAAGAAGCUGAUGGGUUUUUCAUCAAACAAUUAAGUAGAAAAUCAUUGUAGGAUGAGUAAUUGUACUUAUAAUUGGAGAGUUCAUAAUUUCAUAUCUUAUGUUCAAUGCAAAGCAAUGCAUUUAUUU